AUAUUUAAAGCAUAUUUGAAAAAAUGCAAGGAACAAUUUCUUGUUCAAGGCACUAUCCUAUGAUCCCCGCAGCGGAAUCUAUGCGGCCGCUGCCGCUUAGAACACAGGGAAACGGUGAGAGCGUUCGGACGUUGGUGGAGGAGAACGCGGUUAUGGUAAUUGGACGGAAAGGAUGUUGUAUGUGCCUCGUUGUGAAGAGGCUGCUCUUUGGACUUGGAGUAAAUCCGGCGGUUCUUGAGAUCGAUGAGAAGAGGGAAGUGGAAGUUAUGAGUGAACUAGAGAAGAUUGGCGUCAAAGGCGGCAGAGAAACGGUGAUGUUACCGGCGGUUUAUAUAGGAGGGAUGUUGUUUGGAGGGUUAGAUAGGGUUAUGGCAACUCAUAUCUCCGGUGAGUUGGUUCCAAUUCUUAAGGAGGUCGGAGCUUUGUGGCUGUGAAUAUAUCAAAUGAAAUCUUAAACUUAUGUUAAUCUUGAUUCGGUAAAUAAUUAAUUCAUUUUUACGUUUUAUUAACGAAUUAAUGUUUUUCCUUUACAUAAUCUGGAUAAAAAACAAAGAAUGGU